AUGGAUAAACUGUCACACUUACCCAAGAAGGACAAGUUAGGGCUAGGAAUUUAUCAGGCGAUUAGACGUAUUGUAGCGGCUCUACUAGGAGACAAGGGGGCUCUGCAGGCGGCAAAAGACACCUGGAACGAACUGGCAAAGACUCAACCAAGGCUAACGGACUCGACCUCAACAGAGGAAGUGGAACGUGAAGCAGAGUGGAUUGAGAGAACGCUGACAGAGGUCUUGAACAAGUACUGCAAACUAAUCAGGGUUUGUGCCCGCUCUAAGCGCUGGUGGAACAGUGAGAUCGAGGCAGAACGAAGUGCGUAUUCCAAGGCUCGUAAGGCCUAUCAAGCUGGUGAGAUUAGCGAGGAGGAGCAUCGAGAAGCACGUAAGAGCUUCUAUUCGCUAGUUAGCAGAACCAAAAGAGAGUGCUGGGAGGGCUUCCUCCAGGGCACGUCUGAGGGUUCUCUACCUGACCAGAAACGGUGUUGGACAGCCUUACGCUAUACCAAACUACAAACACAAGGUACUACACCAGCUCUAACUGACGAGGCCUCUGGGGAGGUGAUUGCAGCCACCUUUAGUGAGAAGGAGGAGGUUUUUAGACACCGUGCUUUUCCACAGGCUCCAAAUAGCAACAUUGAGUCGCAGCUUCCAGAGCCUGGAUCUGCUCACAAGCUGGUUAACGAGGAAGCAGUCAAGAAUGCCCUCUUUAGCCAGGGGCUAGAGAAAGCUCCAGGUACAGAUUUACUGAACUUCCGAGCCAUCAGGCUCUUGUGGAAUCUAGAUUUAGAGCGCGUGGUCAGCCUGGUAAAGCAGUGCCUUAGGCUUGGGAUACAUCCGCGGAUCUGGAAAAUAGCUAAGGGGGUUCUCUUGAGAAAGAACGGCAAAACCAACUACACACUGGCUAGUGCCUAUCGAGUGAUAAGCCUAUUGAAGUGUCUAGGCAAGGUGACUGAGAAGCUCGUUGCAGAGUUGAUCACAAACUUUGCAGAGGCCCAAGAUCUCUUCCACGAUGGCCAAUUUGGAGGCCGUAGGCAACGCAGUGCAAUUGAUGCCGUGGCAUGCUUAGUUGAGGAGAUUCACCAAGCCUGGGCGAAUGGGAAGCUGGCUGCAGCACUGUUUAUGGAUAUUAAGGGGGCCUUUGACCAUGUUGUCUUGGCCAGACUAAUCGAGGUCCUCAGAGAGGCUAGCGUGGAUGGAGACCUUAUACGCUGGGUAGUCUCGUUUCUAUCUGAUCGGCGAGUCACCCCCGUGAUUGACGGACACAUUGGAAAGGAAGCAUCGAUAAGCUCUGGGCUACCUCAGGGCUCUCCAGUGUCACCUAUCCUGUUUGUUUUGUAUGUUCAUGGGCUGUCUAGAGCCAUUGAGAGGAGUGUGCCAGAGAUUCGAUGUCUAUCCUUUGUGGACGACCAAGGCCUGAUAACAGCCGCAAGCUCAGUGAAGGAGGCUUGUAGGACCCUUGAGAAAGCAGCUGAAGUAGCCAUCGAGUAG